AAUUUUAUAUUGAAAACGAUCCGGAAGGCUAAGCACCUUCGCCCAAAUGCGUCCUGGGGUCUUUACGGUUUUCCGUAUUGCAACUACGAUGCAGGGAAGAAAGGAGAGUACAUUGCUCUGAGACAUAUCAAAAGUUCAACGACGAAGAAGCAAAUCGGAUUGCACAAAAGUACAAUCCGCCGCUGCCUAUCUUUCCUUAUACCAAAUUCGAAUACGAUCCCGUUAAGAAAGAAUUGCUCAUUCUACAAUGACCAAGAUCUAUGCAGUACGAUCAAACAGCCCGCUCUCAUGGGAGUCAAUGGACUGAUUUUUUGGAGCAGCAGUACAAAUAUGCAGACACGAUGCAAUGCGAUCAAGGACUUUGUAGAUUUGAAACUUGGC